ACACCUCCAAACCUCCCUUCCAAACGGAGCUAAUAAUGAUUAGUAAAAAGAGAGCCUUCUGUGAUGUAAUAGUGAGUGAAAAAUCGGAAUGAUAAGAAGAUAUUCCCAAACACACUCAUCAGCUCUCAACGGCGAAAACAUUUCGGCAAAUUUCAAAUCAAAAUCAAAAUCAAAAUCAAAAUAUAGAUAAUAGAGUUUUUACUUACAGGCUUACAGCACAAACAACAGGCGGAGUAUAAAUAGGUGUAGAGAGAUAAAAUAGCUUUUUAGUCAAACCUAAGAAACUGGAAGAAGAACUAGUACUACUGCGAACGCGAGGAGGAGAGAGAAUCGUGUUGGAUUGCGAUCGGAGUAUCGGAUGAUCGUUGUUGAUCGGGGAUGGUCGUCGGCGGAGGCGGAGGGCGGCGGAGGAGUUGGAUUUUCUGGUGAGUCGGUGGUGGUGGUGGUGGUUGGGAGGGGUUUAGGUGAAGGAUGAAGAAGGGGAAGGGGAAGAACAGUGGGUUGUUGCCUAAUUCAUUGAAGAUUAUAUCGUCUUGUAUCAGGACUGUUUCCACAAAUGCUAGCACCGUCGUCCGCUCCGCCGGGGCUUCCGUCGCCGCUUCCAUUACUGCUUCUUCCGAUGAUCGCAAAGAUCAGGUAACUUGGGCUGGCUUUGACAAACUUGAGUUUGGUCCUAAUGCCUUCAAACAUGUUCUGUUACUUGGUUAUCAGAACGGUUUCCAGGUCUUUGAUGUUGAGGAUGCCUCUAACCUCAGUGAAUUGGUUUCAAAGCGUGAUGGUCCAGUUACAUUCUUACAGAUGCUGCCAGUUCCUACAAAAUGUGAUGGUGAUGAAGGAUUCAGAUCGUCGCAUCCUUUGCUGUUGGUUGUUGCAGGGGAUGAACCUAACAGCUCAAGCCUGGGUCAAACUAGUGGCCAUUUGCGUGAUUCGGGGAGAGAUGGUACCUUAGAGCCUCAAUCAGGGAACUAUGUCAACUCCCCUACGGCUGUUCGAUUUUACUCUCUCAGGUCUAACUGUUUUGUGCACGCGCUGAAGUUCCGGUCAACUGUGUGUAUGGUUAGAUGUAGUCCUCGAAUAGUGGCUGUGGGUCUUGCAACACAAAUAUACUGCAUUGAUGCACUUACGCUUGAGAAUAAAUUCAGUGUUCUCACCUAUCCGGUGCCUCAGUUUGGAGGACAAGGAAUGGUUGGGGUCAAUUUUGGUUAUGGUCCGAUGGCAGUGGGUCCAAGGUGGUUAGCUUAUGCUUCUGACAACCCACUUGUAGUAAACAUGGGCCGCUUAAGCCCAAAGAACCUUACUCCGUCUCCAGGUGCUAGCCCAUCAACAUCACCCAGCAGCGGUAGUUUGAUGGCCCGUUAUGCAAUGGAAUCUAGCAAACAGCUGGCUGCUGGUAUAAUGAAUCUAGGUGAUAUGGGAUACAAAACUCUGUCUAGAUACUGUCCAGAUGGGUCAAGUUCUCCAGUACCAUCAAGUUCAGGCUGGAAAGUUAGUAAGCUUGCAGCUUCAGAAACAGAAAAUACUGGAAUGGUUGUUAUUAAGGAUUUUGUUUCUCGAGCGGUUAUAUCGCAAUUUAGGGCUCAUACCAGUCCAAUAUCUGCACUAUGUUUUGAUCCAAGUGGAACCCUUCUGGUUACUGCUUCAGUACAUGGAAAUAACAUAAAUAUCUUCCGGAUCAUGUCAUCUUGUAUACGCAGUGGAUCAGGCAAUCAAACCAAUGAUUGGAGCUCUGCUCAUGUCCAUCUUUACAAGUUGUAUCGUGGAAUAACAACAGCUAUCAUCAAAGACAUUUGCUUCAGUAAUUAUAGUCAGUGGAUUGCUAUUAUCUCAAACAAGGGGACUUGCCAUAUCUAUGUUCUCUCUCCUUUUGGUGGUGAUGCUGGCUUUCAAACUCUCAAUUAUCAUGGCGAAGAUACCUCCUUGUAUCCAGUUUUGUCUCUACCAUGGUGGUCUACUUCAUCUUUCAUUAUUAACCAGCAUUCUUCUCCACCGCCACCUCCUGUUACCCUCUCUGUGGUUAGCCGGAUAAAAGAUAAUUGCUCUGGGUUGCUUAAUUCAGUUACUAAUGCUGCUGCUUCUGCAGCAGGAAAGAUUUCUGUGCCAUCUGGUGCUGUUGCUGCUGUUUUUCAUAAUGCCAUGUAUUAUGGCUUUCGAGAUGUUCAGUCAAGGGCGAGUUCCUUGGAGCAUUUGUUGGUUUAUACUCCAUCAGGUCAUGUUGUUCAAUAUGAACUUCUGCCAUCAGUCGGGGUAGAACGAAGUGAUAGUGGUUUAAGAACUAGGUCAGGUUCCUACAUGCAUACCCAAGAUGUAGAGUUAAAGGUGAAGGUUGAACCUGUUCAAUGGUGGGAUGUAUGCAGAAGAUCAGACUGGCCAGAGAGAGAAGAAUCUAUUUCUGGGACUACCUUUGCCAGACAGGAAGUUGCAGAGAUAAUUGGCAAUAACUAUAGAACAAAUUUUCUCGACAUGAAUGACAGCGAUGGGGGGAAACACAUGGUGAAAAGUGAUUCACUAAAGCCACAUGGGAGAUCACAUUGGUAUCUAUCCAAUGCAGAGGUGCAUAUAAACUCUGGGAGAUUACCAAUCUGGCAAAAAUCCAAGAUUCGCUUCUAUAUGAUGAGUCCUCCAAGAGUCAAAGGUUACGUGGCUGGGGAGCUUGAAAUUGAGCAGAUCCCAUUUCAAGAAGUGGAAAUAAAACGGAAGGAUUUAUUGCCUGUUUUUGAUCAUUUCCAUAGCAUCAAGUCAAACUGGAAUGACAGAGGGCUUUUGGGGGAAACAUAUCCUAAUGCUUCCAUUUUGGGGCUUCAUCAAGUUAGAAACAAGGUCGCUGAAGAAACUGUUUUUUUCCAUUCAAAUCCAGCAUCACUUAGCUCCACUGAAAGCUCAGAAGGAGGAUCAUCGAGAAGAACUGAUAAUUUACUUGAUUUGGAUUCAAAUGAAUGCAGUAAACCUAUACACCCGUUAGUGGAUACUGUGAAUACAUUAAAUCGGGAAAGAAGAGGGAAUACCAAUGUUGAGUCCUCCGUACUGAACCAGAAAUCCUUGGCUGUUGUAUCUUUGCCUUCUGAGCAUUCAAAGAACAGUGAUUGUCAUGUCGAUGACACUGUGCCUUCCUGUAGAAGAGCUAUUGCUGAAGCAGCUCUGACUUCAGAUGCUUUUGAUUCUGCUAUGAAUACGAGCCUGGAGGGUUCUACACCUUCAAGACUGCAAAAUAUUGUGGAUUUUGGGCCAUUUUUUCGGGAGGGUUACUGCAGAGUGUUGGAGCUCAAUGGAUGCCACAACGUAACUGAAGUUGUAGCUGAUCAUGUGACCUGCAGCGAAAAGAACUGUGAGAGCCUAAACCCCGAAGAUGAUGAGGAGAAUGAUGAAUUGCUAGGUGGGAUGUUUUCUUUCUCCGAGGAAGGUUGAUUCAUAGCCUCCCGGAGGAGAACUGCCGAAUGCAUGUUAUUUACAGAAUCAUUGCUUUCCAAAUAUUGUGAAAAUGGUUUUCGAUUAAUUACUGAAGGUAAUAGUGAUUGCAUCCGUCAAGAAUCACAGUGCAAGUGUUUGCAAUACUGUGCAUAUGAGCGGGGUGCAUGUUUAUGUCAUAACAAGCCAGUGUAUGUGAUCGAUCUCUCUCAUGUACAUUUUGUAGAUGAAAGUUUAUAAUUCACGGAGGGUCUAGCAUGGGUCCGGAGGAUUAAGUUUCCGACUCUUGGAAGAAGUAGGUUUGGGGUUUUCACUGCCUAGUCUUUUCUUUCAAGCUGCCUGUAGAGCCAUAUUUCAAUUUCGGUAUUGAUUAAGUUCUCUCCAAAUUGUAUAAAUAUUUUAUCUUCAAAAAUAGAAAAAAAAAAUGUGGAAAUGGAAAGGGAUGAAAGUACGUUUCGAUCGCAAUUUUUUUUAUUA